GGCUCGCACUCAUUAGGCAUUUGGGCUCAGAUUCAUGGGCUCGAGCCUGUCGCGACGUGCAGGCGCAUGAAGCGAGUCCGCAUCACGUCAGGCAUGCAGCCGUUCAUGGAGUACGCCGCCCUGCAGGACUCUUGACUCUGAUCCUGGCGCUGUUUUGCAGUACUUCCCCGGAUGCCGCCGUUCCAGGGAAAAAUGCAUGCUCUGGCGCGAAUAUCUUGGAGGGCGCGGACGCCCUCGUCGAGCUCGGCGCCGCCGCGCCCUUUGGCCGGUGAAGCGCCGGCAGGUCCGGCUCGAGGGAGAACACGGUCGCCGCCCAGGAGUUCCCCAGCGCCGCCAGAAGCACCCUCUGGCCAGGAUGCUGCCACGUCGGUGCGGCCAGUCCCAGCGCCGACGACACCGCAGAUUCAGCCUAGAGCGCAUUCGCCUGAAGAGGCUGCCUCGGCGGGCCCUGCUGCUCGCUAUCUCACUGGCGAUCGCGCCGAUGCCCCUCGACUCGCGGGAUACCGCCGUGGGGAUCGUAGCGGAGCGAUAGGGGCGGCUGCCACGGCGGGGACGCGGCAGCAGGCACUACGCAGACUGCGCGACGCUCAUUUCAGCUCCACUGUUACGAACCGUGAUACUCUUUUGAAAACGUGGGAGGACUUUCACAAGGAGUGGUUUUCUCAUCGCUCCGAAGGGCCGGGAGGCUCGGUCCCUGUUUUCCCUUUGACCGACGAGUCCAUCGAGGCGGUCGCGGCCAUGAUGAAGGAGGGAGGCUACCGUUCGUUCGACCAGUACAUGUCCCGCGCAAAGGACAAACAUGUGGAGAUGGGGUUCGCUUGGACGGACAUCUUGGACAGGGCCCGGAAGCUCGCCAGCCGGGCGGCCAAUCGCGGCUUGGGGCCCGCCCAUCAGGCCGCUGCGUUUCCGCUCCCGGCGCUCAUGGCCCUGGAGUUGGACGAAGCCGCGCUUGCCCGGGGAGGCCCGGCGGCCCCCGGGCGGGUGGUCGAAGCUGGAUCGUUCUUCUGCUGCAGGGAGGUCGAGAUAUCGUUGGCUUUGAGACAGCACAUCACUGCUGAUCGUGAGGCUCCCUCUGUUACUUGGCUUCUCCCGAGCACGAACAACGACCCGAGAGCCUUGGGGAAGUCUCGAACUUGGCCAUGCGUUUGCGGGCACCCUCGGCCACUCACGAGGUCUAUGCCCUGCGCAUGCUGUGCUACCCACCGUCAGCUGGACUUCCUUGACAGCAGGGGUUGGACCGACCCGUCGACGCCGCUGUUCCCCACAGAGACAGGCGGCACGGCUACCAAGGAGGCUGUGGUCAAGACUUUCGAAGCGAUCGCUUCCAAGCUGGGCCUCCCUAUCGUGGACCAGGGAGGCUACCGCCUGUGGGGUGGGCAUUCUCUGCGAGUCACUGGGGCGCAGUGGCUGGCGUCGCAAGGAGUCUCUAUAGCAGUCAUUCAGCUUGUGGCUCGCUGGAAUUCGGACGUGGUCUUCAGGUACGUGUCGGAGGCUCCUCUGCUCACUCUGGCGGAUGAAUAUCGUCGCGCCCAUGCCGCGCACCUGGUCCACGAGCGCUUCGCAGCCGCGCAGCGCACCAUCGGGGAGCUGGGACAGCAGCUGGGCGCGAUGAAGGACAGGGUUGCGAACAUGAGCAGCCAGGAGCAGGAGGUCCUCGCUUUCAUCAAGCAGUGCCAGGAGACGAGAGACAGGCGAGGCCCUCUCUUCGUCGUGUCGGAUUCGAACGUUCACCACAUACCGGAUACUUGCCGGUUCGUCGACCUUCCAAUAUUUAAAUGGAAGGCGCGCUGCGGCUGGAACUUCGGCUUGUCCGACUUCUCCUACGCGGAGUCUGCACCUCCGGACCUGAGAUGCAAGAAAUGCAUGCGGACCUCUGCGUGCUAAUACCGGGCUCGCGUCAGUGCUCAUACGGGCUGAUUCGGAUCUCUGGCCGGCAGCUUGACGACGCUGCCGCUCCUCCUCCCUCUCCCCCUCCUUGCCUCCAUCCACAUAUCACCCGAUCUCCCUUCUUCCCCUCCCGCUUUCCCAUUCCUCUGGGCCCCACUUGGCUUCCGACGCGCUCCGCCUGCUGGAGCUAAGAGUCGCUGCCAAGCUGCCCGGUCCUGUGACCAGCGGUC